UUCUGUUCAUUUUAAUCAUAUUAGUUUUCAUGAUAAAGCUAUUCCCAUAAAUAAAUCGAUAACUCCUUAUUCAUUAAGAUUCAUAAAUUGAUCAUGAUUCAUGACAAUAUUUUGUAACCCUUGAUUUUACUGAAUCAAAUUUUUGUAGCAAAUCUGAAAUCUGUAAAUAAAAUGUCUACCUUUUACUAAUUAUUCACUAAUUUGAUGUUUGUUUAGUAAAACCUUGAUAUUUAUAUCAGUAUUCACUGUCAAAGACUCAAGUUGUUUGAUAAAAAUAGCAACAAUCAUCUAAUUACUCACAAUGUUGAAACAUUUAUCUUGCCAUUGAUAGACGAUAAAACUCUAGUUGUUGACCUAAUAAUUACGUAUGAUACUCAGUGGACAAUUAACCUUGAUAUUGCUAUUGAAAGAUGUUAGAUAAACUUGAGGUUCCUUAAUUUUCAUGUCAAAACUGGAAAUAGCAUUGAAAGGAACACGUUAGACAAUUGAUUGAAUAGCCAACUGUUAAUUAUUGUUAAUGUGCUAUGAAGUCCGGUAAAUUUUUUCUCAUUAAUAUAGUUAUUCUGGUCAUACUGUUUAAAGUCAACUCAUCAACCUCAAAGUUGGAACCAUUUGUGAGAGGAUUUUGGUGUUCAGAUGAGACAAUCAGAUAUCCAAGUCAACAUGAAACAGUUGGAGCCAAACAACUGUUUUUUAUCGUUAUUUUAUUACCAAUUGCCAUUAUUUCAACCAGUGAACUGAUUGCUGCAAAACAUCAAUGGCCAUCAAACCUAAAAGGCCUCAAUGGUAACAUUGACCAGACAUCUUCACAAACAGCUUCAUUAAUUUACAAUAUCGGAAUGGUAACAAUUUCAUGGUUAUAUUGUCUAUUUUUGAAUGCUCUGGUCACUGAGUAUAUUAAAAUUAGUGUUGGACGAUUAAGACCCACCUUUUAUCACGGUUGUAGACCCAAUAUUUCAUGUGAAAAUCCGAUUAAUCAAGGUGUCUACUUGACCAACUUUUCUUGCUCAGUUGAUUUGAAGGCUGAAAAUUAUCUUCGAGUUUCAUUUCCUUCUGGUCAUACAUCUUAUUCGGCAUCAUCGAUGGUCUUUCUAAUCAUCUAUUUAACUAAAAGGUUUUCAAAUUGUGAUGGCAGGGUAAAUCAUUGGAAAUAUCAAAUUACUUUCCUACAAAUCAUUUUAUUUCUCACUUGUAUCUCUAUUGGAGUGUCAAGAGUUGCUGGUAACGUUCAUCAUUGGGAGGAUGUUUUAGCUGGUCUCCUUAUUGGGUCCAUAAUAACCAUAUUUUGCACAUUCAUUUGGGAUCGAAUCGAGAAGGAAGUGGUUCAAGAUGAAAAAUUAGACGAGAAUCGAUGUUUUGACUUUCUUCGAGCUUAAUUCAAUGGUUUUUACUGUUGAUUAUACAAUUGU